AUUCACGGACUUCAACGGGUAGUACAUUCCACAUUUUUGAAGCCACAACACGAAAUGAUCUCUCACCAUAUGAUUUUGAACGGCACCCAGGAACAAAGAAAGUUAAUGAACUUGUAGUUGAUCUGAGUGUUCGGGAACAAGUGGAUGAGCGUAGUCUGAGACGAUCAUGCAUGUACGUGGACUUACAAACGUUAGUAACAUGUCGCUUUAGUGGCAUCGUGUUGUCAAAAGUCACACCAACAUUACGGACUUCUUGUGAUGGAGUGACCGUUGUAUUACCAAAGCGGAGACACUGCAGAUUUUGUGAAUUAGAACGAUGCCUGGAGUAUGCAAUGUUCUCCACAGCAAUGGCGAUCAGUAAACAUCAUUUGGUGUUCAUAAUGAUUGUCGGAAUUUCCUGUUCAAACUUGGCGUUAGCGGAAACAUUUAUCAACGGGGAAAUAUCUGAAGAUACCAAUUUGUCGUCGGCUAACAGUCCAGUGUAUGUGACCGAUGAUGUAACUGUUGGGACCGAUGUAACACUGACCAUCCAGGCAGGAGUGCAGAUGCUGUUUGCAGAAGGUGUUGGUAUGUACGUCGAGGGAACGUUGAUCACAAAUGGAACUGAGGAAGAACACGUGGUAAUGACUAGUUUUGGAAAUUCAACUUUUUCUAGAGAAGAUUGGUACCAUAAGUGGUCACACGUUCGAUUGGUCAGUGGGAGUAACCACCUUGAAGGACGGGUUCUGGUGUAUAUGAAUGGCAGAUGGGGAAAAGUGUGUGUAUCGUCACAAAAUUAUGUAAACGUUGCUUUGGUUGUGUGUCGUCAACUAGGAUACGUAGGAGGAUCUUUUAGAUGGUUUGAAAGUGGACAUGAACCGAUUCACCUUAAUAUUAUACACUGUGAUUCAACAGAGGAAUCCAUUUUUGAUUGUUUCAACAGACGAUACACGUAUAACGAAUACUGCUAUGGAAACGUUUUCGGAAUCGUUUGUAGUCAACCAAUUACGCCUAUUCAAAAUGUUACGUUACCAAACAACCCUUUUUGGACUGGUCUAAUGUGGUUAAAUGACAGAAUUCAUGAAACCCAUAGCGUUUUGAAAUACACGGAUAUUUCACUGGCUGGAGUCGAUGCAAAUGGACAGGCAGGCAACCCUGCAAUUUAUGCAAUUUCAGUUACCGGUGAAUUACCGAGUUUGUCAAAUGUUAAUAUUUUUGAUUGUGCUGGGUCAGGCAUACGAUUCUCCAGUAUAUCUUCUGAUAUUAAUAUCAAGGAUGUUGUUGUCAGAAGUAAUCUUGGUUAUGGAAUAGAGAUGUCAACUUUGGGACCAAUUUCAAUUUGUAAUUCUGAAUUCAAUGAAAAUACGUUUGAUGGUAUUGCGAUAUUUAAUGUAGAUUAUAGUAAUCGGAGGUUGGAAGACCUUUGUAAUGAUGAAAGUGACGACCUAUUUAUAGACGCGUUCGAAUAUAGAUAUCUGUUUAAAUCAUCAGAAAGUUACUACAACCAGCCUUGUCAACGUACAUUUUACACCAAUGAAGGGUACAUACUAAAAGUGAAAAUUCUGCAACAUGAUAGUCAGUAUAUUCGACUGAAGUUUUAUUAUGGAAACGACACUUCAACCUUAUUACAAACAGUUGUAAGUUUAGAAGACGAGGGUUUAAAAUCAAUGUCAAAUGUGAUGACAAUUCGGUACGAAUGUUAUGUCUCGUCCUACUGUCGUUCCUACACUUUCAAAUUCAUAAUUUGGAGUGAGCCAAUUAUUGCAAAAAAUGAAAUUAGUCAUACGACUUUAGCUGAAAACCAAGGAAAUGGAUUGACCAUUCAUACGUAUAUGUUGGAGCUGGACACUAAUGAUCUCACAGCUAUAGACAACCAUGGAAAUGGAUUGCAAACACAUAACAGAAUUAAUGAACUCGUUGUGGAAUCAAGUAACUUUUCUGGAAAUUCAUUUAAUGGAAUUGACAUGUACAAUAUUGUCAACAUGUUCAUCAACGCAUCAUCUGCUAAAGGAAAUAAAAUGAAUGGCAUGAUUUCGGGAAAAUAUACUUAUCUUACACUUCAGAACAGUGUGUUUGAUAGUAACUUGGAAAAUGGCCUUUUCAUAAACGAGAAUCGGUUUAUUGACUACAGUUACAGUUACAAUCUGCAUCUUGACAAUAAUUCAUUUUCGUAUAAUGGUGGAAGUGGCGUUUUCAGGACAGAACACCAUCAAUAUGUAAAUGUAUACAUUCAUAAAAAUUUUAUUAGAUACAACCAGAAUGGUGCGAUAGAUUUUGGGGCAAUAUUUUCGCGUGGUAUCAAAGUAGUUAAAAAUGACAUAUCUUUAAAUGUGGCCUAUUACCUGAUACACAUUGAUGUCACAUAUUCAUCAGUAGGAGAGGCAAUGACAAUUGUGUCAAACGUGUUCCUCAACAACUCUUGUGAACGGCUUUUAUUUCUUGGAACAUCAGCUUCGUCUCAAAACAUAAUUGUCGAGGAAAACGUGAUGAAGAACAAUCAACCGAGAUGGAGAUUUCUAAAUUUAUUCUGGCCUUCAUCUGUCAUAUUUUUACUCUCUUCGAGCGUCUCUAUGAAAAACAACACGUUUGAUAAUCCUAAUUUCAUGUACGAAGUCGCUGUUCCAGGCCGAGACAAAUUGUCAACAGUAACAAUAAAUGCUAGUCUGUCGUGGUGGGGCUCUACAAAUUGUUCCUUCAUCAACACACGUAUUCUAGAUAGAAAAACAGGAGCUUCAUAUCCGAUAGUAGAAAUCUCGCCUUAUCGUGUUGGAUAUAACUUUUCAGACCUAGUUAAUCAAUCAUGUAUACAAUUGGGGUUCCGCAGUGAUCCUGGAUCAACAAUAGGUGGCAGUAUAACAGGUAACGUCACACUAAGUUCUGUUGAUAAUCCGUACAGGGUUGUUAAUGACAUUGUGAUACAACCUGAAGGUACCUUGAUACUUCAGGCAGGUGUCAAUUUGUUGUUUGACUUCUAUACUGGAAUACUGGUUCACGGAACACUUAUUGCCGAAGGAAACAUUACGGAUGUGAUAAGGAUGGAACCAUUCAACAGUUCUAAAGAAACCAUUGAAUUGAUUCGAUUAUCUGGAGGAAGUCAUCCUUGGGAAGGUAUUCUAGAGGUCUCCAGAGAUGGUCAAUGGGGCUCUGUCUGUUACUACAGCUACAGUUCAAGUAUUCAAUGGAAUGCUAUUGCUGCACGUAUAGCUUGUCGGCAACUAGGAUAUAUAGACUACAUAAGUUAUACUUACGGUACAUCUGCUCUUUUGAACAUUUUUAAUGCUUUCAAAUGUGAUGGACGCAUUCAUACAAAUAUAGUUUAUUGCGGUUUCAAGAAUCCACUUUAUCGAUGUUCCUCUUCCCGUAAAGUAUAUUUAACAUGCAAUCCCGGAAGAUGGCAGGGUAUCCGAUUCGCCGUUUCUCUUGAACGAAGUUCAAUGAUUCACACACACAUAAGCUUAGCUGGAGGAUAUCUAGAAGACAUGAAUGUUUACGCCGAUGCUGCUAUUCAAGUGGACCUUCAUCACCAUCAUUUCUCUGAUAUUAAUCUAUAUAAUGCACAUCAGGGAUUCAUUUUCUAUAUCGAUAACCCAUUUUUUAAUGUUCAUUCAGUAAUGAAUACACACAUUGAUUCCUUGGGAUCCGGCGUUUCCAUCUAUUCUCCAUCGUAUCACCACUAUCGAGGAAUCAUUCAAUGUGCAACUGGAUUUUACAUAUCAACCAUGUCCUCGGCACACUUAGAUAAUAUUCGGAAUUAUAUUCACAAAAGCUGGGUACUAAAUUUCUUUGAAUCUGACCAAUCAAUUUUCUUCUCUGACUUAUUCUUUCUCAACAUUCUACCACCAGAAGAAAUCUAUACUAAACAUACUCGAAAUUUCACCGUACAACCUGACAAUAUUAUCGCAAUCUAUGUAUAUCAACAAGACUUAAGUACUUACGAAUCGUUGGUUUUUACUGAUCCAGCAAAUGGAGAUACUUUACUGACACUUGAUUCCACAACAUCAGGGAUAUAUCCAGAUCAUCAGCUAGUUCAAUCGUCAUCGAAUUUUCUGACUGUUACCUAUAAAUAUACUUACCAGUCUAUUUAUUACAAUCAGAUAAAGGUCGACAUUUUGCUCAUGCCUUUAAAAGAUGGAUUAUAUCUCUCAAUCUUCUAUCGCCUAUGGGCUAAAAAUGGAUUCCACUCCGACAAAAUCAGAGUUGAGGGUCAUAGACUCAAAUUGGCAAGGCAGUGA